AUGCGCGUCUUCAACUAUGAGACGCAGCAGUGGGUCCUGGAUCAGCAGCAGCAGCAACAGCAACAGCAACAGCAGCAGCAGCAGCCGCAGGAGCAGCAGCAGCAGCAACACUCUAUGGAUAUUGCUGCAGCAGAUUGCAUUUGUAUGGACUGCGGAUGCCGCAGCAGCAACCUCCCGGUUCUUGCCAGGGCUCCCUGCACCAAAGACAGCAGCAGCAGCAGCAGCAGCAGCAGCAGCAGCAGCAGCAGCAGCAGCAGCAGCAGCAAAUGCGUGUGGCUGACAGCAGGAGAUGACAAACUUCUCUGUCUGUGGGAAGACGAGACAUUCAAUUUGCUGCAGCAGCGCAUGCAGAGGAAGAAAGCCUCUGCUGCUUGCUUCGCCCGCACCGGCCCACAGCAGCAGCAGCAACAGCAGCAGCAGCAGCAACAGCUGCAGCAGCAGCAGCGGGUGAGCGUGCUGCUGUGUGAUAAAUUCGGAGAUGUCUUUUUGCUGCCUCUUGAAUCUUUGAGCGGCCACCAAAAGCUCGCAGGCGAUGUGAUGGUAAGGAGAAUGCAUGCAGCAGAAGCAGCAGCAGCAGCAGCAGCAGCGGCAGCAAGUGCAGCAGCAGCAGCACAAGAAGCAGCAACACCGUCAUCCGACUCAGCACAAGAUACCCAGGCAACAGCAACAACAGCCGCAGCAUCAGCAGAAGCAGAGAAAAGUGCAGAUCCUCCAGCGGGUCAACUGAAAGACAGCAACAAAAGCAGCAGCAGCAGCAGCAGCAGCAACAGCAGCAGCAGCAGCAGCUGGUGCGAGGUUGGUGAUGAGAGCGACGAUGAAGAUGUUCCCAUAAUGACGCACUUAACAACCGUAACCUGCAUGAAGCUCGUUGACCUGCAGCAGCAGCAGCAGCAGCAGCAGCAGCAGGAGCUGCGGGAGUUGCUGCUGACGGGAGAUCGUGACGAGAAGAUUAGGGUUUGUUUUGCUGCUUCUCCUUUUGAACUGCAAUCUGUGCUCUUAGGCCAUCUUCACUUUGUUGCAGAUAUUGCGCCUAUUCUCACUUGCUGCUGCAGCACCUGCUGCAGCAGCAGCAGCAGCAGCAGGAGCAGCAGCAGCAGCGGCAGCAGGAGGAAUGGCGACAGCAGCAGCAGCAGCAGCAGCACGAGUGACAGCAACGACGCGAACAAUAACAGCAGCAGCAGCAGUUUGCUGCUGCAGCACAAGUGGGUGGUUAGCAGCAGCGGCGACUGCACGCUGCAUUUGCGGUGUAUGGACAGCAGCAGCAGCAGCAGCAAGCUGCUGCCUCCUUCUGUUUUGUCUCUGAAUCCCUCAACUCUCUUUUCUAACUUCAGCAGCAUCAAGCCUCUGCUGCAGCAGGAGCUGCUGGAGCAGCUACAGCAAGCAGAAGAACGCAACCAGCUGCAGCAGCUGCAGCAGCAGCAGCAGCAGGUGCCUGCGGUGCUGCGAGGCCAUUUGCUGCCGCUUAAAGUGUUUGUCGAUGAACAGCAGCAGUUAAUAGUUGUGCAGACGCUUCAACUAAGAGGCCUCCUCCUUAUCCCCUAUCGCUUGCAAGCUCUGCAGCAGCAGCUGCAGCAGCAGCAGCAGCAGCAGCAGCAGCAGCGGGUGUAUGGGGAGGCUUUGGUUGUGCCUUUGGAUUAUUAUGUCGGUUCGCUGUUAAUAGUGCGGCACAGAGCAGCAGAAAUUGCUGCACUUCCGAUCUUUGCUAACAUUCACCAGCAGCAGCAGCAGCAGCAGCAACAGCAGCAGCAGCAGCAGCAGCAGGAGAGCGUGCUGAUUGCGUGGGCGGUUGAUAGGCAGGGGCUGCUGCAGGCCCCCGUCUGUCUGGAGUUAUCUAUACUCAAACGCAUGCAGCAGCAGCAGCAGCAGGAGAAGAGUGCAUCGCUGCUACCGCUGCUGCAGGGAAGCAUGCCUCCCUCAGGCCAGCAGCAGCAGCAGCAGCAGCAGCAGCAGCAGCGAAUGUGCUACUGGUGGAAGCAAACGAAAAACCCAAACGCCCCGACGCAGGAAGAGAGGAGAGCCAAACGACUGAAACACAAACAUCUGCAGCAGCAGCAGCAGCAACAACAGCAGCAGCAGCAGCAAAAGCAGCAACAGCAGCAGAAAAAAGAGCAGCAGCAGGACACGUGUCAACCCGUUUAA